AUGGAACACAGCUUGUUUCAAGCUCAAAAUUUGAAAUCCAGUUGGAUGGAACCACAAGGACUUUAGUUGUUCAAUCUGCAGAGCUGCACCACUCUGGUGUGUACCAAUGUAUGACAAAGGAUGACACUGUGUACUUUCAAGUCGAGAUAAAAGCCAAACCGACGAUGCCCUCCAAUAACUUUGAUGUUAAGAGAGCCAAGUCCUUUGAAAUGGGCGAACCUUUGGUGCUGGAAUGUGAGGUCACAGACUCCACAUUGCCUGCGCAGUGGUUUAAAGAUGGCGUAAAGCUCUUCCCAAACAAAGAGCAGGACAUACAGAGUAAUGGCUCUUUGAGACGACUCAUUAUCCCUUCUGCAGAGCUUGUGCAUGCAGGGCAAUACCACUGUGAAACAUCAGAUGAGACUGUUCGCUUCAUUGUGGAUAUGACAGCUCCAUCUGCGACAUCAUCACCCUCACGGAAGUUUGUGGAGACCCGAUCUCUUGAGGCACCCUGCUCCUUCAAACCAACACGUCAAAUUUCAGACCCUGAGAGUCAUUGCCUACGGAAGGCAGAGGUGUCCCUUCAAAAGGUUAAAGCUACAGUAUCAAACACAGAACAAGACGUUGGAAUAGAAGACAUAAAGAAGACACUUGUAAUUGAACCAAGGAAUCCAUCAAACGCUGGCGCAUACUACUGUGCAACUGCAGAUGAUCUUGCUCCAUUAGUUGUAAACACUCAAGUGUCAGCUGUGACAUAUGGGCCAGAAGUUGAAAGGGCCAAAUAUGCUGAAGACCGCCUCCCAAUUGUGCAACAAUUUGAGAUUUCAAAUCCCAUUGCCAAAGCUUGUUGGUACAAAGAUGGAACUCCAAUCUACCCAAAAAUGGAAACUGUUUUUGAACCUGAGAGCUACACCAAAGCCUUGCCACCACCGGUCACAAUUGAUUUGUCUAGUGUUGCGAGUUUCAGCUGUGAAACAUCUGCUGACGCACAGUUAAAUGUGGACAUAAAAGCAGAACAGUGUCAUUAUGGUGGUGAGAUUGGUGAGAUGUCUGAUGCAUCUGCCCAAAUAACUGCGGAUGUCAAAGUUCCACUUCAGACAUUUUCAGCUGUAACAGAGGCUGAGCAGAAACAAACAGUCACGGCAGGCUGCCCCAUUACUCUCCAGUGCGAGUUGUCGGAUCCCACAGGAAAAGUCACAUGGUACCAUGAUGGAACAAGGCUCCUUCCUCAAACCGAUAUAGACAUCCAGUCAAGGGAUAAUUUGAGAAGACUAGUUAUUCCAUCCACCGAGCUGGCUCAUUCCGGUGUAUACCGUUGCGAGUCGAAGGACGACAACAUCCAGUUCACUGUGGAAGUGAAAGGUGACGCUCGCAAGAGUUUUACCUUGUUGUGCAUUCCCAACUAACUAAAACAGGAAGGUGUCCAUGUUUCCAACCAACUUACAAAAUGUUCUUAAUCCAUUUUCUUACCUAACUUGGUUUACUACUCUUUGAAAAUGGGCUCUCCUCAACUUGUUGAACAAUUUUACAGGUUUUUGUGCAUGUAAAACAAACAAAAACAAGGUAUAACUACUACUGGAACUGAAUAAUGCUGUACAUUCUGUGUUCCCUUG